ACUCCAAAUUACCCUGAAAACCCCAGUACUUGCUGUACAUUUUAGAGCUUGAAUGGUGUCUAGCUGAAAGUUUGCAGAAGUUUCAAAGAGAACAAAGAUUUUGAAAGAUUUGAGCAAUUUCUCAUUUAUUUCCAGUGUGGCAUAUUUAGCUCAAUAUUUUAAAAAAUAAUAUUUAUAAGCACCAAAAGUGCCACAAUAUCCUGUACGAGCUGAAUGUUUUGACACAAAGAUUACUGAAGUCAUUGAAAGUUUGAAAAAUAAAAAAACCUACAGAAAUGUUUUGAAGCAUUGAUAGAAGUGCUGCAGGGGGCCCCAUGUUAUUCUGGUCUGUCUGGGGCCCCCGAACUGCUAAGUCCGCCUCUGGUAGACUCAAAAUGAAUUAAAUGGUAAAGAUAGACGUUAGUAGAAAGCAAUAUUUAAAAAGAUUCUUGAUCAAUAUGAUGGAUUUAAAAAAGAAAAGAAAAGAAAGAACCCAUCUCUUCUCCAGUCGCCUGGAGAAACCAGCUUUUUUCCUCCUCCUCGUUUUCCUCAUUCCGCCGCAUCCACCAGUAUCAGGUGCUUCUAUCAUUCGCUGCAGGGUUUCAUGGGAGGAGUUUUGCAAACAGGUCACACCCCUACAGCAGAGAAAGCUAAGGAGCGCACGGGCGUCCGUCACCGCGCACUACUAGAAAAAUAUGAUCUGGAGAAGAGCCGCUCCUGCGCUCCAGCCAGCAAGACAGCCUCCUCACUGCGACUAAAGCCCGACCACCCUGCGGGGGCCAUCGCCAAGUGUGGUCCCGACCCAACUCUGCUCUCCUCCACUGCGUCUGCGUCUCCCCCUGCGCGCUGGAUCUUCCGUGCCGGAAAAUGUGCGUGGAGAGCGAUGGAUGUGAGAUCGAGGGCUGCAGCAGCUCGGAUGAGGUUCGGACUCUGUCGGGCAGCAUGAGUCCCGGACUCCGGUCCAGCCCGGACCUUCACCCCUGCAAACCGGGGCAGAAAUUCCGCGACGCGCUGCUCAGGUGCCGCUCGCCGCUCGCCGCCGCCGUCUUCCUCAGCUUUGGAAACGUCCUCAAUUACAUGGACAGAUACACCGUCACCGGCGUUCUGCUUGACAUCCAGCGGCAAUUCCAGGUAUCAGACGGUAAAAUCGGCUUGCUGCAAACAGUCUUCAUCUGCAGCUUUAUGGUGGCAGCUCCCAUCUUUGGUUACCUGGGCGACCGCUUCAACAGAAAGGUCAUCCUGAGCUGUGGCAUUUUCUUCUGGUCCAUUAUCACUCUGUCGAGCUCAUUCAUCAGCAAAGAGUACUACUGGCUCUUUGUGCUCUCCCGAGGCCUGGUGGGGAUCGGAGAGUCCAGCUACUCCUCCAUCUCCCCAACCAUCAUAGGAGAUCUGUUCACCAAUAACAAGCGCACCAUGAUGCUGUCUGUCUUCUACCUGGCCAUUCCUCUGGGCAGCGGCUUGGGUUACAUCCUUGGAGCUGGUGCCAAAGAUGCUGCCGGAGAUUGGCAUUGGGCUUUGAGGGUGUCCCCCCCUCUGGGCAUCACCGCGGGGGCUCUGAUCCUGCUUUUUGUGCCCGAGCCCAAGAGAGGCAGCGCGGACCAGAUGGGAGCGUGCCUCAGGACCAGAACCUCCUGGGUCUGCGACAUGAAAGCCCUCGCCAAGAAUCGGAGCUACGUGUUCUCCUCCCUGGCUUCGGCAUCAGUGUCAUUUGCCACCGGCGCCUUUGGCAUGUGGAUUCCCAUCUACCUGACCAGAGCGCAGGUGGUGCAGAAGACUGUGGACGACUGUACAACAGACGUUUGCAGCAGCACGGACAGCUUCAUCUUCGGGGCCAUCACCUGUGUGACGGGGUUGUUGGGCGUGGUUAUAGGAGCUGCCACCACCCGCUUCUGUCGACAGAGGACGGAACGAGCCGACCCGCUGGUGUGCGCCGUCAGCAUGCUGGGCUCGGCCAUCUUCAUCUGCCUCAUCUUCGUGGUGGCCAAGAAGAACAUAGCUGGAGCAUAUGUUUGCAUCUUCAUUGGAGAGACGCUGCUUUUUGUGAACUGGGCCAUAACGGCGGACAUUUUAAUGUUUGUUGUCAUUCCCACAAGAAGAGCAACGGCGGUCGCCUUUCAGAGCUUCAUUUCUCAUCUGCUGGGUGAUGCAGGAAGUCCAUACCUGAUAGGACAGAUCUCUGACAAACUCCAGGAGAGCUACACCACCUCAGCACUGUGGCGGUUCCUCAGCCUGGGCUAUGCCCUCAUGCUGUGCCCCUUUAUCAUUGUCCUGGGGGGCAUGUUUUUCCUGGCCACCGCUCUGUUUUUCCUGGAUGACAGAGAGAAGGCAGAAAAACAACGGUCUACAUUUACACUCAGAAGUGCCUCAUCUGCCGCGGCGGGGCACUUUGACAUCGCGGAUGCAGCGCGGGUCAGGGCGGCUGACGACUGCAGCCUGGAGGAGGAAGGAGGCAGAGAGGGACAAAGUCACAUAGAAAGACAGGCUGAGCAAGCUGACACGACCUCCCUCCUUAGUUCGGGUAUGACAAGCUGACAAAUGAGGAAAAAUAAAAAAAUGAAGACAAUAGGAUGAAGGAAACCUGGCCUGACUUCUCUCACAACGAGCUCUACUGCCUGUUGUUGCGACCGCUCUUUUCCUCGCGGAGGCGCCUCUGAACUGGAACGAGGGCGCGUCUUGCCCCUCCUCUACAGGACCAGGCCGCCGCCCCUCCGACGGCGACCGCUGUCCUCGUCUUGGUCUGUGAGGAUUCACCGAACCUUUUAGGGAGGAGGCGGGGCGCAUCAGCCCUCUCCGAUCCCUCUGACUCCUGAUGCCAUACUACUGAAAUGCUGACAAUGAACCUGCCCUUCCUUCUUCUCGCCUGCCCGCCACCUGCCUGCCUGCCUGCUUUGUCCAGUCGUGAACGCCGACCUGGCUCUUCCUUCAGCUGUCAGUCUGCACCAACUACCACAAAUCAUUACAUUCCUUCAGACUUUUGCACUGACCGCCAAAAAACUCUUGAGACUUCCGUCAGCAGAUGUGUUUACAUGCAUGCAUCAGCUCAGCUCCAGGCCAAGCCGCGUACACGCAUCUCCCCGUCUUUGUAUUUAUUUAUUUAUUUAUUUAUUCCGUUUUCAGCUUGGAGGAAUCAUUUUUAACCUCACAACAACCGAUUCCGUGGUCUGAAAUCAGACAGUAAAUCCACCUGAUUGGGGAACAGAUGCAACACCAGCAGAAAAAUAAAAACAAAAUUACUCCACAGGAACAAUAAAAUCCAAAUAGUUUACUACGAUGAGAACUUAUGAGACCACCUUCCAUUCUAGUCACAGUGUUAGCAGCAAAAACCUGGUUUACACGAUGAAUGCAGUAUUUUUGAAGACUUAGCCUUGCUGUGCAUGUAAACAUAGCUGCUAGUCAAAGAGCCAAAAACAUGUUGCUGUUCAGUGAAGACGGAGAAUGAGCCUCUGGAGCAGGAGCUUUGAGCCUCAGCCACCCACCCACCUCCCCAUGUGUGUUUUUCAUUUGAGCUUUUAGCACUUAAAUCAUGAACUUCAGUGACUUUUAUUCUGGCCUUUUUUUCUGUGUGUAAUGCUGAAACUGCAGGCUGCUGAUGAUUGUUUUAGAAGGAAAAUGCUGCAAUUCAGGUGAUUUUUUAAGUAGACACUGGAUUUUUAUGUCUCUUUUAUUUAAUUUUCCUUUUAAAAAAAAAACAAAUUCCCCGUUUUUUUUUUUUUUGUUUAAAGAAAAGCCGUUUUUUUUUUGCAUCUCCGCUGCCUUAUCUGUGAGCAAAGUUUCUCUUCUCUGAUGGUUGGUUUUGAAUUUCUGGACACACAAACGCCCACACAGACAGAAAGUGACUUUUAAUGAUGGAUUCCAGCCCAGUCGGCCUGGUUACAAUAAUGUGCAUUGAGGAGCGAGUCCCGCCCCUCGCCAUUGUACAUAUCUAAUUCCGCGGCUUGCAGAAAGGAUCUUUGAAAAGGAGAUGGAGACACAGCCAUCAGAUUAUGUCUGGAGUCAGAAUCUGAGACAGCGGCAGGAAAUUCUCCGGCCUGAGGUUAGACUGAUGUGAGCUCUUAUCGCGAAGAUGUGAGGAAUUCUCUUCUUUACUCUGCAGGAGAGGAGAGCCCCCCCCCCCACCUGUUAACCUACAAGUAGAAACAUUUACAUUGAAAAAAAUUCAUAACCUUUUUUAUUUCUAGAAAAUACUACAAAUUUAGUCUGAUGCAAACAAGAACGCUUUUGUUUAUAGCAACAAGCUAAUGUGAUGCUAGCUCCAUUUGCUGUUUUAACCUACAAACAAAAAUUGACAUUAAAAAGGAUUCAUAACCAUUUUGUUUUUAAGAAAAAGUUACAAAUUCAGUUUGAUGCAAACAAAAAAGCUCCAGCUUUUGUUUAGUGACCUCAAAUCCUUAGCAACAAGCUAAUGUGAUAGAGCCAACAUGCUAGCUCCGUUAGCUCCUGAUGGAGACGAUGGUGUCAAAAGCUUUAGGAGACUAAAAGAGAAAAAAGCUGUUUGCAGAGCUAAAGCACAGGUGAAGGAGGAGGAAGAGUUUAAGGUGACUCACUGGCCGCAUGCGGGGUGUUUAAUGCCACAUUAUUAGCUUUAGCUUCUCUUAGCUUGUCCAAUCUGACGUGUUUACACACCUUCGUCCUCUUAAACUAAGCUUCUUACCGUCCGUUUGUUAAUUUUCUUAUCUUUUUUUUUAAUUGUUACCAAAUGAGGGGUUUUUAUGCCUACAGUAAAUACUCAAAUAUAUAUAUAUAUGAAUAUACAUAUGGCAAGAAAAAUGCAGUAACUUUUAAUAUAUUGUAAAUGAUGGCUUGGAUUGUAUUUAUUUGUUACCAUAAUGAAGAAUCUAUAAAGGGAAGUUUAAGGUUUGGAAAACUUUACAUAUUAUUGUGUCAUUAAGUUUUGAAUUUAUUUUUUGUGUCACAAUGAAACAACAUAGUACCUUUUAAUGCAUCACUAACACUCACCCUGUUUACUGUGAUCAUGAGCGAGAACUCCUCACGCAGAAGAAAUGUGAGGACGAAACACCGUCGCUUUUUUUGUAUGUUUUUAUUUUGUGUAGAACAAGUGAUCAAACCAUUUUGCACACGUAUUGUUCAGGGAUUUAUUUGAACCACAGCCUGACAUCAGCUUCACAGCCUCGUCGGUGACGGCGGCUCACCUGCUGACACGCCGCCGUCACACAGGAAGUCGGUUCUGGUCAGAUGGGUCAUGGACAGAGUUUCACCUUGCCAAAUUUUAGUCGAUUUUAGCACCAGUCCUUUAGAUUAAUGUGUCAAUUCUUCUGUGUUGAGAAUCACUGAAGCGAAACUUCUUGUCAUACAAGAAUCCUGUACAAAGAAGCCUAUUUCUGAUGUUUGAGCAGAAAACAGAGCUUAUUUUUAUUUUUAGACCAAGUCAGUUUGGAGAAGCAUCAGAGAAAUUUAAGGAUAUUUGUGAAUAACUGAACUGUGAUGCUCCUGUCGGGGAUGUGGAGGAGGGGGGGUGACUGCUAAAGGAAAUGUAAAUGUUUGCAAUUCAAAUAAACCUAUUUAAUCACUUCA